AUGCCCUACUGGCUAAAGCAAUUCUCGACUACGAACGUCAUCGAUCCCAAGACUGGUCUACACACCCUCACUGCCUCUCAAUCCUCCGAAAUCGUCUCGAUCCUCUCUGCUGGUACCUUUUUCGGUGCUUUGACUGCUGCCCCGGCAUGUGAUUUCUUUGGACGCCGAAUUGGGCUCAUGAUCUCUACUUUGGUCUUCACGAUCGGUGUCAUCCUUCAAACCGCCGCCACUGAAAUUCCGCUCUUCGUCGCCGGUCGCUUCUUUGCUGGAUACGGCGUGGGCAUGAUUUCUGCAUCUAUUCCUCUUUACCAGAGCGAGACUGCACCGAAGUGGAUCCGUGGCUCGAUCGUCGGCGCAUACCAGCUUGCUAUCACCAUCGGUCUGCUCCUCGCAUCCAUCGUCGACCACUCUACCCGAAAUCGUCAAGACAGUGGGUCUUACCGUAUCCCGAUCGCCGUCCAAUUUGCCUGGGCUAUCAUUUUGGUGGGCGGCUUGAUCAUUCUGCCCGAGACGCCAAGAAUGUACAUCAAGCGUGGCAAGCCAGAAUCAGCCGCCAAGUCGCUGAGCAAGCUUCGCCGACUCGAUGUCGACCACCCAGCGCUGGUUGAGGAGCUUGCUGAGAUCACCGCCAACCACGAGUAUGAGAUGUCACUCGGCAAGUCGUCCUACCUUGAUUGCUUCAAGGGCUCUCUCGGCAAGCGUCUGGCCACCGGCUGUCUUCUCCAGGCUCUGCAGCAGCUUACUGGUGUCAACUUCAUCUUCUACUACGGCACGUCCUACUUCACCAACUCUGGCAUCAGCAACCCGUUCAUCGUCAGCAUGAUUACAUCAGCCGUGAACGUGUGCUCGACUUUCCCAGGUCUCUAUAUGGUCGAAGCCUGGGGUCGCCGCCCACUUCUUCUCUUUGGCGCCAUCGGCAUGGCUACCUGUCAGUUCAUUGUCGCUGGCGUUGGUACAGGUAUUGGUGUUGCAGAUCAGGUCGGACAGAAGGCUCUCAUCGCUUUCGUCUGUAUCUAUAUCUUCUUCUUCGCCUGCUCGUGGGGUCCUUGUGCCUGGGUCGUCACCGGCGAGAUCUUCCCGUUGAAGAUUCGUGCCAAGGCGCUCUCGAUGACCACCGCAUCAAAUUGGCUGCUCAACUGGGCUAUUGCCUACGCCACACCAUACAUGGUUGAUAACGGCCCUGGCGAUGCCAACCUGCAGAGCAAGGUUUUCUUCAUCUGGGGUGGAUUCUGCUUCAUCUGUAUCUUCUUCGUCUGGGCCAUGAUCUACGAGACCAAGGGUUUGUCUCUCGAACAAGUCGACGAGCUCUACGCCAAGGUCGGCAAGGCAUGGCAAUCGAAGGGCUUCGUUCCCACGGUCUCCUUCCAAGACGUUGCCGAUGUGGGCGCUGACGGCAGCGCGAGGAAGCAGAGUCUUACGGAUUUGGAGAACAGUGCUAUGAGGAAGAAGUCUGUCUCGCAUGGCGAGUACGGGCAAGAGAAGGUGUAA